AUGGAUUACCCCGACGACCACCACACGGAUCACGGGCCUCCCCCGGAGGAGUUUGCCUACCCCGAUAUUGACGAGACCAUUCAUUACCCAUGGCAGGGAGCCCCGCCAGCAGCCCAGGGACAGGGAGAGUCCUCCCUCCACUCCGUCCUGGACCCGCGUCUGUACAAGGAUUUGUUCGCCGGCAGUGCCUCGCAGGAGCCCGAACGAUCCUCGGUUGACAAGGAGGCAGAGGAGUAUGCUGAAGCCGAUGACUCCGAUCAGUCCCUCUAUACCCUGUCUUCUUCAGAAGAGAGCAGCAGCGAGGAAGAACCGGAGCCCGAGGACGGCGAGGACGAUGACGAUUACUCUCGGAGACGGCACCGCAGGGGCACAGGUCCCUUCUCUGGUCGAUAUGGUGCCCGUGGCGGGAAGGGAAUCAAGAGGGGACCGCGCAAGCCUCUGGAACCGAGCCCAGAGUUCAAGAUGCUGCACUCGGAGGCAACGUCGGCCUUUAUUGAUGGGGACUAUGACCGUGCCAUCGACCUGACCAAGCGUGCGAUCCAGAUCAACCCGGAGAUGUUUGCCGCCCAUUCGCUUCUGUCCGAAAUCUUUCUGGCCCAGGGGGAGAAAGAUAAAGCGUUGACUGCGCUGUUCAGCGGUGCGCACACGCGGCCCAAGGACCCUACCGUGUGGGCCAAGGUGGCACGAAUGAUCCUGGAGCGCGCAGGAGACGAUCGUCAAAGUGCCCUAAACGACGUUAUCUACUGCUACAGCCGUGUCCUCGACGUAGAUCCGAAAAACUACAAUGCGCGGUUCCAACGAACGGCAAUCUACCGGGAGCUGGGGUAUAACGGACGGGCAGCCACUGAAUACGAACGCAUUCUGAGAGAAGUCCCGCAUAAUACCAGGGCGCUCCGACACCUUGCAGAGACCUAUAUCGACCUCAACGAUGUCGGAAAGGCUGUGGUGCAGUGGGCAAACAGCGUUGAAUACUUCCAGUCUCUGGAACCGGAAGAUGUACCCGAUUUCUCUUGGUCGGAUGUAAAUAUCUACACCGAACUCUACAGCUACCUAGACCAGCACUUUCAAGGGCUGGUGGCUCUCAAAUCCGUCUCCAGAUGGCUCCUCGGCCGGAGAAGUGACACGAUGUGGGAGGAUUUCCACGAAGAUGACCGGGAAUGGGAUGCAGAUGACUCCCCCCGGCGCAUCAAAACCGAUGGCUUCGAUCCGCGAACAUGGUCGCGGGAUUAUUACGGCCUAGGGCUGCCACUCGAGCUCCGCAUCAAACUGGGCCUUUUUCGUCUGAAAAUGGGGUAUGACCACAAAGAGGAAGCUUUGCAUCACUUCGAAUGGCUGAACCCGGACGAUACUUCUGAGAAUGCCCGGCUAUACGAUUACGGCGACCUCUUCCGCGAGGUUGCUGAUGCGCUGAAGGAUGUCGGAUUGUAUGAAGACGCGCUUCGAUUCUACCUACCCAUCCAACAAACGAACGAGUAUGCAGAUGCCAGCUUCUUCAUGGCACUGGGAGACUGUUUCAAGAUGCUGGACAAGAUCGAAGAUGCCGAGAACUGCUUCCUCACAGUGGCAGAGCAUGAUACGAAACACGUCGAGUCACGCGUCCAACUUGCAAAGCUAUACGAGAGUAUUGGUAUGUCAGAACAGGCGCUGAAAUACGUCAACGAAGCUGUCCUGCUGGGAAGACAAGAAACGAGAAGCAACCGGCGGCGCAAGGACACGAGGCUGGAACAGCUGGCCAUGGAAUUCCGAACAGCAGACGUGGCUUGUGGAGAGACCGUCUUGAGGCCGAUUGCACCCAAGCCCUCCACCGAUGCACCUGCGCCGGUUCUCACCAGUGCUCCGCUUGAUAAAAGGGACGCUGUGAUGGACGAGGGUCAGAGGUCCGACAACGUGCGGUAUCUCUAUGCCAAAUUGUUGCAGCUGCAGCCGCAAAUGAAAGAAGGAAAUGCCGAGGCCAUGGAGGACUGGCUGGAUAUAGCGGACGCUCUGUUGCGCGAGUUUCGAUCCAACCGGGUAUUCUACCCGCUUCAGCGCAACAUGACCUUUUUGGGGUACUCACGGGAAGCGCAGCGGAAAGUGGGAAAAUCCAAGGGUCGGCACUUCAUUGAUGAGAUGCAAGAAAUGGCCGGGCGUAUCCAGGAGUCCUUAGGGAACAUCCCCGAAGAACCGCUUCAAGGGACGAUCCCGACUGAUUACUACGGGAUACGCUUCGAGGAGUGGCUGGACAUGUUUCUGCAGUAUGCUCUUACCGUCGCAGCGCAGGGAGAGUCUGAUGAAGCGUACGACACGCUCGCCGCCGCGGCAGAUGCCAGCGUCUGGUACCAUUCCAAGCCCGACGCCCGCAUGAUUCACGUCUGCUGGUUCACUUGUGCGCUUCGCAUGCAAGACGAGGAGACCCUCGCAAAUGAAGCCCGAUGGUUCAUCAAGGAAUACCAAUUCGUCACUGACACGUACCGCCUGUUCUCCAUGCUGAGCCGCCUCAGCGGUGAUCCUCGCCGGUCUCUCUUCCAUUCAUCGCCUAACAUGAAGUUUAUGCUGCGCCAGAUCAAGGCCAUCGACUUUACCCUGCCAGACAACCAUACAGGUGCCCGGCCCAGUAAGCUAGUCCGAGAGUCGGUCUACAAGGAACGCGCUUCCCUAUCCACGCGGGACGAGGUGACCGGAGAAGCCAUCCCAGCCGAUGAAAUGGACGUCGCGCUGCUUGUAUUAUACGGCCACAUCCUCUACUCCGGCAACAGUUUCUACCCUGCCCUGAACUACCUCUUCCGCGCCUAUGCACUGGACGACCAGAACCCCGCCGUCCUCCUCUCGAUCGCGCUCUGCUACAUCCACCACUCCUUCAAGCGACAGUCCGAGAACCGACACUACCUGAUCAUGCAGGGCCUGUCGUUCAUGCACGAGUACCGACGCGUCCGCGAACGCCCCGGGACCCUCUUGGCGGAGCAACAAGAGAUGGAAUUCAACUUCGCCCGCGUCUGGCACAGCCUCGGCAUCGCCCAUCUCGCAAAAGAAGGCUACCACCGCGUGCUGCAGCUAGGCGAGCAGAUCCAGGCGCAAUCCCAGCCCCAGUCUGCAGACGGAAGCGAUGUCAUCAUGACCGAUGAUGAUGAUGCCGCGGACGCGCCCGUCCUCUUCGUGGAGGAUUUCUCGCGGGAAGCGGCCGUAGCGCUGCAGAUAAUCUAUGCCGUGAAUGGCGAUUAUCAAUCCGCCCACCGGGUCACUUCCAAAUGGCUGGUCAUUUAGUUGAUGACGACUGCGGUGGCAACCCCCAUCUCCUCCCCCUAUGAUAUUAGUUUUUAUGUAU